CUUCUCAUCCAAAAAUCCAGAAGAAAGAAGCAGCAUGGAGAUUCUCGGCGCCGCUAUCAUUCUCUUGAUCUCAACAGUAUUUUUCCUGUUCGGUCUCCUUCGAAAACCCAAGAAGCAGCUGACCGGACUCGUCGUCCCAGGCCCCAAAAACCUCCCCAUCAUCGGCAGCAUCCAUCAUCUCCUCGGCCGCCGCCGCCUUCCCCACCACUCACUCCGUGACCUCUCUGCUGUCUACGGCCCCAUCAUGCGAUUGAAGCUAGGUGAGAUCAAUACCAUCGUCAUCUCCUCUGCCGAAGCGGCAAAAGAGAUUAUGCAGACCCACGACAUCAUCUUCGCCUCGCGCCCCAUCACUCCGACCAUCGAUGCUCUCUUCUACGGAGGAAAAGGCGUCGUCUUCUCCUCAUACAGCGAUUACUGGCGCCAGAUGCGUCGACUCUGUGUGACGGAGCUGCUCAACUCGAAGCGCAUCAGCUCUUUUCAAGCCGUAAGAGAGCAGGAGGUUUCCCAACUCAUGCAAUCCAUUACAGCAGCCCCAACCGGGUUUGUCAUCAACCUAAGCCGUGAGCUCGCCAACCUCGGAACCAACAUCAUGGUAAUGUCAGUCAUCGGCGGGCGGUGUGAGGACCAGAAGGUGUUUUUAUCGGCUCUCGGUGAACUUGUAGAGUUGAACACGGGUUUCUCCAUGGUUGAUCUAUUCCCCUCGAUUCCCCAUUUCAUUAGCCGCAUCGUCGGUAUUCGAGCGAAGCUGGAGCGAUGCCGAUUAAAGCUAGAUCGAAUACUAGAAAAAAUCGUGCAAGAGCACCAUGAGAAGCGAGCUAAAAACUCCAUAAAAGAGGAGGAUCUCACGGACUCCCUUCUCAGAAUCCAAAACGAUGGUGGCCUGCAAUUCCCUCUCUCCAAUGACGACAUCAAGGCUAUCAUUAAUGAUAUUCUUGUAGCCGGAAGCGAGACGACUUGGACUACCUUGGAAUGGUCAAUUUCAGAGCUAGUUUGCAACCCGAUCAUCAUGAAGAAGGUACAAAAGGAGGUGAGAGAGGCAUUUGGCUUUGGCAUGACAAAGAUAAUAGGCGACGAGGAGUUCCUGAGCGGCAGGCUUAGCUACAUGCAAUUGGUGAUAAAGGAGACAUUGCGGCUACACACUCCGCUACCCUUGCUGCUACCAAGGGUGAACCAAGAGAGGUGCGAGGUGAUGGGCUAUGAAAUUCCUGCAAGGACUACGUUAAUGGUGAACGCGUGGGCGAUAGGGAGGGAUCCUAAGUAUUGGGAAGAUCCGGAGGUCUUUCGACCAGAGAGGUUUGAGGAGAAGCAUAUUGACAUGAGGGGAGCUAACUUUGAGAUGUUACCCUUCGGUGCUGGGAGGAGAGUUUGCCCGGGGAUUCAGUUUGGAAUGGCAACGAUUGAGCUGGCUUUAGCGCAUUUGUUGUACUAUUUUGACUGGGAGUAUCCGGCUAAGAAUGGAGAGUUGUUGGACAUGACUGAAGCUUUAGGAGUUUCAACUAGAAGGAAGUCGCCACUUUGUUUAUUGGCCACUCCCUGCAUUCCAAUCUUUGAUUCAGAAGAUAAACUCUCUACUUGA